AUGUCAUAUCCACUUUACAGCUUGCCGCUAAAUUACGAAGCUGAGCGAAGCGAAGGUACCGGUACACUACUCGUAUCCGCGGGUAGUGCGGAAGUCAUCCAUUUCAACCGCCUCUUGCUACCCAGAAUGCCUCACAGUGGUGAAUAUACUAUACCCACGCGCGCCGCUAUUGUAACCCUUCGCUGUCAAGGUCUUGGAUGGACCGCGAUCUCCAAGCAGAUUGGCAACUGCUCACCCGUUGGUGUCCAGAAAUUCAUGAGGAGACUGCUUGUCCGCGCUGAUAUAGCGAUUACUACGCCGCCGCAGACGCUACCUCUCGCUCGAUUACUCGAAAUUCUCAAAGAUGAGCAUCACCAUGGUCGCCGUGAGCGCUUUCCUGAGGGGUCUGAGGUGGCAAAUAGGUUAGUAGAGGCUGCGCUUUCAGAGGAGACACAAGAAGUACCUCAUACUCGUAUAGUCCACAUGGUAGAGGAGGAAAUGGUUAGCCGACUUUCGCCGGAAUUGGGGAAUUUGCAGGAGGAAUCGGGUUCUUGA